CAGGCCCUACAAUAGAGACUGGGGGAGAAAAGUUGAGAGCGGUGCCUGGUUGUGUUCUGUAUGGCUGAGGAGCCUUCCUGCUAGUAGGCGGGGCAGAGGGAGGAUAGCGCGUGCGCAUAGGGGACCUGUGGCCCUCCUCGGCACAAGGGGCUUGCUGGGAAAGAAACGGCAGUCAGGUAACGGCAGCGCCCCGAGUUCCCUCCCCCUUUGGGGGGUCUGUGGUGGCAAUGGCCGUUGGGAAUUGCAUGGGUGUUUUUUUCUGAAGGGGUAGCCUACAUGUGCUUCUGUAAUUCGUGGAAGAAUGACAGAUGACAAAGACAUACUUAGAAAAGUGUGGUUUGGACGAAUACCAACCUGUUUUACCCUUUAUCAAGAUGAGGUCACUGAAAGGGAAGCUGAACCUUACUAUCUGCUGUUACCUAGGGUUAGCUACCUGACACUUGUAACAGACAAGGUGAAAAAACAUUUUCAGAAAGUUAUGAGACAAGAAGAUGUUGUAGAAAUAUGGUUUGAAUAUGAAGGCACACCACUGAAAUGGCAUUACCCUAUUGGCUUGCUCUUUGAUCUUCACGCAUCAAAUUCAGCACUUCCUUGGAAUAUCACAGUGCAUUUUAAGAACUUUCCAGAAAAAGACCUUCUGCAUUGUCUUUCUAAGGAUGUUAUUGAAGCUCAUUUCAUGGCUUCUAUAAAAGAAGCUGAUGCCCUAAAGCAUAAAAGUCAAGUUAUCAAUGAGAUGCAAAAAAAGGAUCAUAAGCAACUUUGGAUGGGAUUACAGAACGACAAAUUUGACCAAUUUUGGGCCAUAAACAGGAAACUCAUGGAAUACCCUCCAGAAGAUAAUGGAUUUCGCUACAUCCCAUUUAGAAUAUAUCAGGCAACAACUGAGCAACCUUUUAUACAGAAGCUAUUCCGUCCUGUUGCAGCAGAUGGACAGCUAAAUACUCUGGGGGAUCUCCUAAAAGAAUUUUGUCCCACUGCUAUUAGUUCUGAAGAUGGUGAAAAGAAGCAAGUAAUGAUUCAUGGAAUAGAACCGAUGUUGGAGACACCAAUACAAUGGCUAAGUGAACAUAUGAGUUACCCUGAUAAUUUCCUGCACAUUGGUGUCCUUCCCCAGCCUGCAGAUUGAAGUGUUGGCUUGUGUAUAUGAAGAUCAUGGACUGGAACUACAAAAUCAACUUUUAACUUCUGCCAGUCAUGGUGGGAACAACCUGACUAGAAGACUUUCCUGCUGCUAAACAGGAAGAAAUAUGAGAGAUCAGGAAUUGGACUGACCAUGUCUUGCAUCACCCAUGGUUUUCUCCACUGCUGUCAUUUCAACUGUGACAUGAAAAACUUUAUAUGACAUCUGCAAGUCAUCUUCUCAUUUCUUGUUAAAAUAAUAUAAAUAAGUUGAAAGCACGGAGAAUGUGGAAAUAUGUACCACUUUGUAUUUCUUACUAAUCAAUAAACAAGGGUAUUUUGUAAA